CUGGAGAUCCUACCCCCGUCGCGCGCUUCCGUCGCAACGGCCAGGAGAGGAGCCGGUAUCGGAGGCGGAGGGCAGGGGUGGCGAGAAAGUGAAGGUUGAGAAAUGGGCAGCCGUCAAAAAAAGCACAGACAAUGGAAGGACGGAUACCACUGCGUAUGUUGUUAAAAGCAUGUUGAAAGGAAAAUAAGAAAGCCGGGAGUCUCAGCAUGAAUCGAUCUAGAUCUCAAUCAGUUGACGGUGGUGAAGAAACUUCAUCCCAAGACCAGCAUCACCAAGAAAAUGAGAGAAGGUGGCAGCAAGAGCGUCUCCACAGAGAAGAAGCCUAUUACCAGUUUAUAAACAACCUCAAUGAUGAAGAUUACCGGCUGAUGAGAGACCAUAAUCUUUUAGGCACUCCUGGAGAAAUAACAUCAGAAGAAUUACAACAGCGGUUAGAUGGUGUCAAGGAACAAAUAGCAUCUCAGCCUGACUUGAGGAAUGGGACAAACACCAGAGACUCAGGAAUCCCUGAAGAGGGUUCGAAUGAAGAUUCUCUGCUGGAAUGGCUGAACACCUUUCUUCGCACAGGAAACGCAACUCGAAGUGGGCAGAAUGGGAACCAGACCUGGAGAGCUGUGAGUCGAACCAACCCUCACAGUGGAGAGUUUCGGUUUAGUCUGGAAAUCCACAUCAACCACGAGAAUAGAGGAUUUGAAAUGGAUGGCGAAGACUCUGUGGGCAUGCCCUUCUCAGAUGUCAGUCAAGAUCAGGCUGCAGAUGGGCCCCAGAGACCAAGCAGUCCUGUGGCCAGGCGAACCAGGAGCCAGGCUGCAGGGAAUCUCAGCCGUGGUGCCCGCAUUCCCAGGACACGCCUUGGCUCCGGAGGGCAGAGCUCAGUUGAAGGCUCUCUGUCUCCAUUGGGAAGACUAAGAAAUAGAAUUGGGGGUGCAUCUGGCAGUCCUGGACCUGGUGCCCCCCUCACUCAUCUCAGCACCCCAUCAGGUGGGAGUGAACUCAGGCAGAGGGAGGGGCAGCGGUUUGGAGCAGCCCAUGUCUGGGAAAAUGGGGCCAGAACCAAUGUCACAGUGAGGAAUACAAACCAAAGACUAGAGCCCAUAAGACUACGGUCUACUUUCAGGAGUCGGAGCCGGUCGCCGAUUCAGCGACCGAAUGGCACAGUUUACCAUAAUUCACAGAGAGAGAGCCGGCCUUUCCAGCAGAGCACCAGGCGGUCUGUCAGGAGGAGAGGGGUAACCCGGGUCUUCCUGGAGCAGGACCCAGAAGGCAGAGGGGCUGCGUCCUCACUCUUCUCCAACUCCAGGCUUGUGUCCAGAAUCACGGUGGAAGAGGAGGAGGAGGAGCCCAGCAGGCUGCCCACAGCCAUGCGGCGACACCCGACCAUCACCCUGGACCUGCAGGUGAGGAGGAUUCGUCCCGGAGAGAGCAGCGACCGCGACAGCAUCGCCAACAGGACUCGGUCUCGGGUGGGGCUGGCGGAGAACCAGAUCUCCUUGGAGAGAAACAGUGGAGGCUUCCACCGCAGCAUCUCACGCCAGGAGCGCUCGGGGAUGCGCACCUAUGUGAGCACCAUCACCGUGCCGCUGCGCAGGGUGUCUGAGCAUGAGCUCGCCGAGCCGUCCUCCACGGCGCUGCGAUCAAUUCUAAGGCAGAUCAUGACUGGCUUUGGUGAGCUGAGUUCUCUCAUGGAGGCCGAGUCAGAGUCAGAGGCGCAGAGCGAUGGCCCGCACGGGCCGGCGCUGCGCUCAGACGCGGGUCCCCCGGGUGGGGCCGCCGGCCCUCCCGCGGGAGGAGCACCCCGGGGCCGACUGGCCCGCGUGGAGCUCACCCCACUUCAUACCCUAGCCAGCGACCCCGUGGUGGGCCGUCCUGCGCGGAAUUCAGGUAACUUAGUGGAGACGGGAACACUACCCAUUCUUCGCCUCGCUCACUUCUUCCUGCUUAACGAGGGGGACGAUGACGACCCCACGCGUGGUUUAACCAAAGAGCAGAUCGACAAUCUCUCCACCCGGAACUACGAGCACAGCGGUGCGGACGGUGAGCCGGGCAAGGCCUGCAGUGUGUGCAUCAGCGACUACGUGGCCGGAAACAAGCUCAGGCAGUUACCCUGCAUGCACGAGUUCCACAUCCACUGCAUCGACCGGUGGCUCUCAGAGAACUGCACCUGCCCCGUCUGCCGGCAGCCUGUCUUAGGGUCCGGCCUAGCCAACAGCGGGUGAUGCCCGGAGUCCCUCAGACGCACACCACCGGGGAGCUGUGUUCAGGCAUUGUUUUCUUGAAUCAUUUGUGAUGCGCUUACCAGGAUGAAAAAUCGCAGAUGAUUAUAGUUUGAACUAUUUUUUGUGUGUGCUUUUUUAACUUGUUAAAAAGAGUAAAUUUAUAGCAAGU